UGUGCCUCAAGACCCACUGUCUCUAAAUGUGUGAGACUGAUCAGGUGUCUUUUCCUGUCAACAAACAUAUGCUAUGGUUAAACAGCUCUACCUACUUUCUAAUCUCUUGGACAACGAAGCUUCUGCCACUCAGAUCCUCUGUUAAACAACAUUGCACAUUUGCUUUGCCUCAAACUAUCAACCUUCACUUGGAGAUUAACAACCACAAUGGCAAAUGAACAGACCACACACGAUAGGCAAGCGCCUGAAGACUCUAUCAGCCAGACAUCACGAGAAGAGCAAACGCCUGAUGAUCAAAAGCGAGCUCCGACUUCUGCUGGACAAGGUCCUCUCAAAGAGCUCGACGCGAUGGACGAUCUUGCUCUCCAACUCAAAGACGCUGUCACGAGCUGCGGUGAGGUCGCAAAAGCGGGCCGACCCCCAGUGGCCUUUUUCUUUGGCUUCAAGCCAUCGGCCAAGCAGGACGACGACGUCCGUCAGAGCUUUGACAGUCUCCUUGGUGCUUCGUCUCUCGUGCGUAUGUUCUCUGCCAUGAACAUUAUCACGGCUCGCAAAGCGAGAGACCAGGGUGGACACUCAGACUCUAUCCGUGAUCCAGCUCACUUCGUCACUGUGAUCAACGAAGAGGCGGACGCCGUUGUGAAAGCUAUCACUAGCGGUCCUCUGGCCAGCAUGUACCAGCAAGUCAGUAGCUCCACACAGACUGAGGAGCAGUUGCUCAAGCGUCCGGAGCUGCACGACUUUAUCCUGCCACGCAUCUUCGGUGGGCUACGCGCCAUAGGGAAGGACCACAUGAAGGACCUCGAUGAUACCUUGACAAGAUUCACUUCUACCCUUCGUCCGUUCAGGGCUGACAAGACCGAGUCGGCCGAUGGGAGCGACCAGCAGCUCAAAUUUGCAGUCUUGAUCCACUACGUCAAGACAACCGACGUGACAGGCGAUGGCACCGUGGUCAUUUGCGAUCCGAUGACGCGUCUUGUUAGCAUCAGCGUACGCGCACAGGACUGGGCGCACGCUCUCGAUAAGCCAUCCAAGCUGGACCUUCGUCGACGGAACGAAAAGGUCCCCUUCAAGAUGACAGCCACCUCACUUGAGCUGCGUCUCAAUCAAAACGAUUAUAUUGCGGCAAAGCCCAAGUUCGAGCAAGCUUUGAAGUUGAUGGUGGACAAGGACGCCGAGCUACUGAAGAUUGUCGAGGAUGGCGGUCUUCUCGGAUACGGACAAGAAACCUGUAACAUCUUUGCGGCUCACGAGGAAUGAUAGAUAUAUCAACGUUCAAACUUGUCUGAUAGUCAACAGCAAUGAGCCACCGCCUGAAUAUGACCUUCGAACUCAUGAAUCGAUCUCUUCUGAUAACGACUCAU